GGUACCUCUGAAUAUUCAAAGCUGUUUCCCAACUCGUCAACAGCUCUUUGAUGGGAGCAGCUGAACAGGGUAAAUAGACCCCCCCAUCUCCAUCUCUAUUCAUUGUUGGACUAAAAGAGCAGAAGGACAGGAAUAGAGCACUUAGCCCAACAGGACACACAAACACACACAUAAGGCCAACCUCACACAUUAUGGCAUCAGUAACAUUAUCAGAGAUAUUGAGGCUACAUUCUACCACAUACUACCGUACCACUUUAUAUGGGUUCUAUGUUUUAGCAAGAAACUUUGUAUCAGAUAAGCAUUGGUCUAGUAUACCAGCUUUAUUCUAUACCGGAGCCAAUUACAGCCUGGUAAUGAACAGGGGUAGAUUUAGACUUUUUCUGUUUUCACAACUCUCAAUCUGUUCCCCAUUCCUACUUCUGCUCUUUUGGAACUUCCCCACUUCACUUCUAUUUAUAUUUUUCUCAAUCUCUUCAUCUACCUCCAUCUCUUUCUGUCUCCAUCCAUCAACACAAGAAUCCAAUGACAGUGCUCUGGGAUAGGAAAUGGAGGAUGGCGCUAUAUUUAGAAUCAGGGAAGGAGGGCAGAAUGAGGGAGCAAAUGAGAGAGAGAGAGGGAGGAGAUACAUCUACAUUCUACUGCUGCCUCAGGACAGGCACAGUCGGAAACAGAGCUACAGAGCGCACGCUGAGACGGGCAUCACUCAUUCUCUCUCUUUUGAAGACACAGAUCUUAUCUGCACAGACAUUCACACAUUCUACUAAAGAGUUGACUAAAGAGUUGACGGGAGAAACCUGGAUAUACACUACAGUAGCAAAGAACAGAGAAAGAGGAAGAGACUUGGAUAUACACUUUACAACUCCUACUACAGCAGCCAUGCGUCCUAGAUCCAAACUCCUGUCCCAGAAGAGGAGACUACAGCUUCCCACCAUCAGAGAGGGCUACGAGGACCUAGUCAGAGACAUGAACCAGUUGAAUCAGAUUAACCAGUCCAACACCCUCCACUCUGCCCAGCCUACCACUCACCCAGGGCCCUGCCCACACACUCUCUCCUCAGAGGACUACCUGCUGUCCAUAUGCCACCUGGCUCACCCCACCUCCCUUCCCACCAAUGACAUCAUCAACCCUCGCCAGCAGGACUCGCUGCACCACAGGCCGAGGCUGCUGCGGCACGCUGUGCAAGAUGAAAACUCUCCAAAGACCACUGCACUUUGUCACAGGGAAAAGGCUCAUGGUAAGGACAGGGUGGAGCCUGGGAUGUACUCUGACCUCAUUACUGUGUGCGGAGGACAGGAGAAAGAUUCCAACUGCAGCAGGCCUGCGUUUGGUCAGACCCUUUAGAAUUCCUGUACAGCAGCCCCACCCACUCCACCUGUCAAUCAGGGAAUGGGAGGCAGUGAUUGGGUUUGAGGAGACACUGGGCGGUGUCUGAGGGCCAGUCCUGCCCACGGGCACCCAGUUAACCCCGCUUUUGCCCCUCUGACCUCCAGCAGCAACGUAAGAGCAGCUGUCCUAAGUUCAGUGAUACAGCCACCCCUGACUGUGCCCCCUCUCUCUCUUACCUCACCACACAGCCUUCACAGACAUGCACACCUACACAGGACUCGGCAGAACAGCUACAGGCUAGGAUAAGUAGCCCGUUUAACAAAGAAAACGAGGGGGGUGAAGAGAGAGGGAAAGAGAGGAAGGAGGAGAGGAAAAGGGAGAGGUCCACGGUCAAACAUUCCCUGAUCUCUCAGUGGAUGUCAAAUUGUCCCUGUUCCUGGAUGGAGGGCCGUGUACGAGCUUGCAUUCUGCCCACCAUCGCAGAUAUGUAAAGCCCCCAGAACCACUGAUCCACAUCAACAGUCCAUAGACCUAUAUGACAGGAUAUGUACAAUGGCACGACACCACAGUUUCACUAUGACAGUAGAUACCUGCUGAAAUGUUUUUUGUUUGUUUAAAAAAAAGAAGGUUUAAUUGAAUAUCCGAAACAUGCAAUAUAUUUGCAGUGAAGC